CAUUCAGGAUCAUUCUGGAAGCAAACAACUUGCUAAACCUCGCAUCUUCAUCCUCAUAUACACUCGUUCCAUUCUAUUGCAUCUUCAUCAUCUUCUCUGUUCUCACUCGCUUUGUUCUCAAUCUGCUGUAAAACCAACCGUUAACAUAACAUGGCGGAUGAUUUAUCUCUUGAUCUGGAAGAACUCCGACACCUUCAAACCAUUGCCAAACGCCCCCGCGUUGUUUCUCUCAUUUCUUCCGAGAUUCGCAACCUCGAAAAGCAAGCAAAUGAUGCUGCUUCAGUUGCACCAAUUCCAACUCCAGUUCCAGUUUCAACAAACGUAAAGGUGGCUACUGAACCGGCAUUGAAGUACACUACACUUGGAUCUUUCAGCUGGGAUCAAGAUACUGACAAAGUCAAGAUCUAUGUUUUUCUUGAGGGAGUUGAUCAGGAAAAGAUUCAAACCGAGUUUAAUCCCAUGUCUGUUGAUGUGAAAUUUCAUGACGUCCAAGGGAAAAAUUACCGAUGUGCCAUACCCAAGCUAAAUAAGGAGAUCGUACCUGAGAAAUGUAAAGUGUUAGUUAAACCCAAAAAAGUCAUCAUCACAUUGGUUAAGGCUUCAAAGGGUAACUGGUUGGAUCUGCACUUCAAGGAGGAUAAGAUAAAGCCGAAUCUUGACAAGGAGCGUGACCCCAUGGCCGGAAUUAUGGAUUUAAUGAAGAAUAUGUACGAGGAAGGUGAUGAUGAAAUGAAGAAGACGAUUGCAAAAGCAUGGACUGAUGCUAGGUCUGGCAAGGCAGCAGAUCCUAUGAAGAGCUACCGAUAGGUUUGUAGUUUUUUUUUUUUUUUUGUUUAAAUUGAAGAUGGGUUUGGUUGGUUAUGAUGUAUCAUGUAGCCCUUGAUGUUGAUGUUAAGGAAUACCAUGUUUUUGGACCAUAUUUUUGGCUUGGUUUUUAUGGAUGACGGUUUAUUUUA